AUGGCCGAACCUCCUCCCUCAACACCGGCCGCCGCGCCGGGAUCUAAUCCUCCUUCGGAACCCGGAAACGGCGUCCCUCAAUCGGAUCCAGCUCCCUCCCCAUCUCCGGCGCCACCACAGCAAUCACAAUUCUCGAUCGCUCCCCCGCCCAACCCUAACCCUAACCCCAACCCCAGUCCUACUGCCAACUCCACCAAUACUCUGGUUCCGCCUCCUCCGCCUGCCUUUCCUUCUGCCUACGGUCUGCCACCGCCGCCUCCAAUGUCUGGCGCGGCUGUGCCGCCGAUGGCACCGUCGUUUCGUCCAAUUCUUCAGUUUUCUCCGCUUCCGAAUUACCAAAACCAGACCGCAAAUGGCGUUCAGCCUCCAGGAGUUAGUUCAGGUACGGUCAUGACUUCCGCUCCACCGGCGAUGCCUCAUUAUCAUGUUCCACCUGGUCAGCCGAUGCUAAGACCGCCUUAUGCUACAUUACCCAACGGUUAUCCGCCUGUGCCCGGAUCUACUCCUCAAGGAAUCAUGGCCCCGCCUGGAAUGCCUCGCUAUCCUUCACCUUACCCAGCUAUGAUCCGUCCCAUAUUUUCUCCACGCCCACCUGGUGCACCAGUUGUACUUCCAAUGACUCGUCCUCUUGUUCCAACUAUUCCUGGCGUUCGUCCGAUUAUCCCUCCCAUUAUUAGGCCAGUUAUACCUUCCGUGACACCAGCGGAGAAGCCUCAGACUACAGUCUACGUGGGCAAGAUAUCUCCAACUGUGGAGAAUGACUUUAUGCUCUCCCUUCUUCAGUCGUGUGGAACGGUAAAGAGUUGGAAACGUGCUCAAGAUCCUUCUGAUGGGACUCCUAGAGGCUUCGGCUUUUGUGAAUUUGAAAAUGCUGAAGGUGUUCUCCGUGCAUUACGUCUGCUCAGUAAAUUUAAUAUUGAUGGGCAGGAACUGGUGUUGAAUGUUAAUCAAGCUACACGAGAAUAUCUAGAUCGAUAUGUUGAAAAGAAAACUGAAAAUUUAAAGAAUCUCAUGGAAGGGACGACUAAGCAAGAUGAGGCCUCAAAUGACACAGAGAAGAGUGAACCUUCUGAGUCAUCUGAAAAGGCUGGACCUGUGAAGCCUUCUCCAAAUGUUUCUGAAAAUAACAAUGAAAAGGGUGACAAAGGCAACCAUGACCUGGCCAAUUUUGGUAUUGUCACCACUGAAGAUAAAGAAGGUGACAGGGCAGCACGCGAGAAGCUUUCUAACAUGAUAGAAGAGAGGCUGAAGACCAAACCUCUGCCACCACCACCUCCUCCUCCACCUCCACAACUUCCUAGUGAUGGUUCUGGCAAUCCAAAUAUCGAGCAAACCAAAUCAAGGGAUGGGGACUCGGACAUUGAUGCAUUGAAAAAUGAUGCUGCUGAAGAGAAAAAUAAUGAUGAGACGAGUAGUGAUUACAAAGCAGCAAGUGAACAUGAUAGGCCUGAGGUAAGCUCACCAGACAGGAACAGAAGGUAUGAUAGAAGGGGCAGAGACAAGGGCAGAGAUCUUAAGCGUGAAAAGGACCGAGAGAUAGAAAGAUAUGAGAGGGAAACAGAAAGAGAACGGGUUAGAAAGGAGAGGGAACUGAGAAGAAAGAUGGAAGAGGCUGAUCGUGAAUAUGAGGAACGUCUAAGAGAUUGGGAAUAUAGAGAGAGAGAAAAAGAGAAACAACGACAGUAUGAGAAAGAAAGGGAGAAAGAAAAAGAUCGCAAGCGGAAGAAGGAGAUUCUUCAUGAUGAAGAAGAUGAAGAUGAUGAUUCUGGGAAGAAAUGGCGGAGGAGUGUUAUAGAGGAGAAGAGAAGAAAAAGGCAACGGGAGAAAGAGGAGGACUUAGCUGACAGGCUAAAAGAAGAGGAAGAGAUUGCUGAGGCCAAGAAGAUGGCCGAAGAGGAAAAAAUGUUACAGCAAGAAAAAGAGGCACUAAAACAUCCACAUGCAGAUCUUGUGAAUGGUAGUGAGAAGCCUGCUUCUCCUUAUGACAUGUUUAUGGAAACUGCAGAUGAAGUCAUUGAACAGGGUGGCGAGGGUGAUUCUGUUAGUGCCAAUCAUACAGGUGAUGAGGGCGUGCAGAAUGGUGCUAGUGAGGUUUCAACUGUGCCGAUGCUCGAAUCAGAAGUGCAGCAGCAGCAGAGUACUAAUGCUCCAACAAGAAAGUUGGGAUUUGGUUUAGUUGGGUCUGGAAAACGUGCUGCUGUACCUUCAGUGUUCCAUGAGGAGGAGGAUCCUCAUAAAGAGAAAAAAAUGAGGCCCCUAGUUCCCAUAGAUUAUUCAACAGAGGAAUUGCAAGCCGUUCAACCUGUUACUGCUGGAGCUCAACCACCAAAUCUAGCUGCUGCUGCAGAAUAUGCAAAGCAGAUAUCAAAUAUUGCUCCGCGGGAAGAGAAAUCUGAAGUUGAAAGGGACAAUAAUAAACGUUCUCAACAUAGGUCUGGUCGGCGGGACAAAAAUGAUGAGUAUGGUCAUCAACGAUCCAGAGAAGAGAACAGAGAUAAGAGCGGACGAGACAGAGACCGAGAUCAUGGUCUGGAUAAGGUGAAGACCCCUGAUAAACAGAAGCUUUUAGAUGCAAAACAGCUGAUUGAUAUGAUUCCGAAAACCAAGGAUGAGUUAUUCUCAUACGAGAUCAAUUGGACUGUUUAUGACAAGCACUCGCUACAUGAUAGAAUGAGACCAUGGAUUUCAAAGAAGAUUACAGAGUUUCUGGGAGAGGAAGAAACCACAUUAGUAGACUACAUUGUGUCAAGUACUAGGGAGCAUGUUAAGGCUGCACAAAUGCUGGAGAUGCUUCAGUCCAUACUAGACGAUGAGGCCGAGAUGUUUGUGCUCAAAAUGUGGAGGAUGCUCAUCUUUGAGAUUAAAAAGGUGGAGUCAGGCCUGGCUUUGAAGUCCAAAUCAUGA